AUGGAUGAUCCUACGAUCUGCGAAGGAAAUUUGUCAUUUAUAAUCGAUGAAAUAGAGAAAGAAAUUGAAGCUGGUGAAGAUAAGGAAAAGAUUAUCGAAGACUUUAAGAAAUCGGUCUCCGAAGCACGUCUGAAAUCAGCCGAGCAUCCGUCAUUUUUUAUAAUGACGAUAAACAUGCAUAGCUCGAAAAAAGCCAAAGGAAGAGGAAUUGCCCAGAAACGAAGAGAUUUUUUGACGGUUAUAUUACGGGUGUUUCCCUCUGCGAUAAUCUUCUGCCAGGAGCCGCCUGCAAAAUUUCCAGAAAUAGUUCCUGACGAUUGUACUUAUGUUAUUAACGGAGAUCAGGCAGCUGUGAUAUGGACAGUCGAAAACAUUGAUGGCUUAACGAUAGGAUUUGAAACCACGAACACACAAAUAAAGAAAAUACAUGAGCGAUUGCUGAAAACAAAUGCAGGGUCCAGUGAGCUACUGUCUAGAAUAUCGAUGGUAAAGCUAACAACGAAGCAGGGCGAAAGUACAUUGGCCGUUUCAUAUCACGGUCAAUACAGCCGCACCACGAUUAAAGCCAGACACGAAGCAUUUAAAACCCUCCUGGAGUUUCUCUCAAUUGUAAUUAAAACCAUGAACAUAAGUUCGUACAUAAUUGGUGGUGAUUUCAAUUUUGAUACAUUGGAGUUUGAUGUGAAGCAUCUUCCCAAAAAUGUAACGAUCCCAUCCUACGAGUUAAAUCCUCGCCUAGAAGAAUCGAGUCUCGGUAUACCUUACAAAGACAACUUCGUUUAUUAUCCAAAUUACAUCUUAAAAGUGUCGUGGUCGAGAGUUAUCCGCUUUGAAGACAAGGAAUCAGCAGAGAGCGAUUUCACUGAAGAUGACUGGGAAAAUGUACAGGAAUCUAUGAAGAAAGGUGCCGAAGUAUCAGAAGCUACAGAUGUACUGGAUCACGAUCCUAUUUUAAGUGUUUUGGUUUUCGAGGGCAAAGAGAAACCCAAAGAUCGUGAGGGUAUUAAAAUGACUGACAAAUCCGUUGAGGACAUUGCCGAAAAUGUACAGAAACUCUCUAUCAAGUGA